AUGUUAACAAAAGAAGUAAGAAAUUUAAAAUGGUUAGGUUAUCGAGUACCAUUACCACUUGUUAAUAAAGCUCAUCAAGCUAAUCAAUUAUAUCCAUAUGCUGUUGGUUUACUUGAAAAUGUUCGAGCUUAUGAAGUUUCAAAUGCAAAAAUAAUUGCUGAUCAUGGUGAAGAUUAUUUAGUUGGUAGUAUGAAAAAAGAUAUACAAAAUUUAAUUGUUGAAGGAACAAAAUUAACUUGGGAAUCAUAUAAAUUAGAACCAUAUGUUCAACGAUGUAUUGAAGCAUUUACACGUUAUAAUGAAAAUGUUGAUGAAAUUCUUCGUUUGGAUAAUCUUAUGUUUACACAUAUAAAUGAAUUAGAUGUAUGUCCAUAUGAAAUUGAUAUGUUUGCAGAAUCAUUAGAACAAACACAAAAAAUUGUUGAUGAAUUUUGUUUACAUGAUUAUUCAAAUUUUCCAAAAUGGAUUGGAGUUAUUGAUGAAAAAAUUGAACGAAAAUUAUUUGAUCGGUUACAAGCAGCUAUUACAUUAUGGAAACAAGCAUUAAUUAGACACGAGAAAGGAAAAGCAAGGGAUAAAAAACGAAUGCGAUUAAAAAAAGUUGUUCUCGAAAUUCGCGUUGUUAAUCAAAUGUUGGUAUUAGUUCCACCAUUUGAAUCAGCUUGUGAACAAUUAUAUAAUUCAUUUUUCGAUUGUCAAUCAGUUAUAACUUCACAAAAACGCAUUAAAAAUAGUCGUUGUCAUGUUAAUGCUGAAAUCGAUACAGAAGAAGAAGAUUUAAUAUAUAAUGAUUUAUUUACAAAAUUUCCUGAAGAAAGUAAUGCAUCAAUUGGUGAAGCUUAUGAUACUAUUGAACAAUUAAUUACCGAAGCGGAAACUUAUUUUCAAGGAUGGCUUAAAUAUCAAGUUUUAUGGGAUUUAGAACCAAACGAUGUCUUUCAACGAUUAGGUACUAAUGUUCAAUCAUGGUUCGAGUGCUUAAAAGAUAUUAAAGAAUCUCGUAAAACACUUGAUACUAAUGAAGCUUACAAAUCAUUUGGCCCAUUAAUUAUUGAUUUUUCCAAAAUUCAAACAAAAAUCGGUGUUAGAUAUGAUAAUUGGCAUCAAGAUUUACUUCGAAAAUUUGGUCAAAUUAUUCAAACAGUUGCUAAUGAUUUUCAUACAAAUAUUUC